AUGCCCCUAGUGCGGCUGCUUCCAGGGUUCGUUGCCGGAAAGGACGGCUCAGACGCGGUGGCGUUUGAGGACGUGCCCUGUUCCCAUGCGGACGCCUUCCUCCGAUUCAGGAGCUAUGCGUCCCGCGUCCGGAAGAUUAAACACAGCGCGGUGGUCGGCGUCCCGCCCGCACUGCUGCCACAUAUCACACUGCCCAACCUGAGAGACGUCGCAAUCGCGUCUGGGGGCUGUGGGACCGCUCCCUGCUGGAGCGUCUCGCCGGCAGUGCGGGACGUUAGCAUCGUGACUUCCUAUCGUGAGGCCGCGAGCCUGUCCGCCGACUCGCAAGACUCGUGUCUCCACCAACGGGCGCGCGCUACCGCGGAUCUGUUGGAUACAUUGCGCACUAGUGACAUUCCUUUGCGGCGCCUCCGCCUGCGCGGCAGCAUAACCAGAGACACCCUCUCGAGCGUUUCAUUAUUUACAACCCUCGGGACCCUCAGUCUACAAAUCGGGCCGUCUCUCACCGCGGACGUAUUGUUCUCGAUUGCAACCACCCUGCCUUCACUCCGUGAACUCAAUAUUAACGCCCAUUUUGUUGAUCCCUGGGAUCUCCAAACAGCCCUUUCAACAAAAUCGACGGGGAAAAUAUUUUCUUCCCUGAAAAAAUUGGUCAUCAGCGCCCAUAACAAUACAUUCGUGGCGUUAUUCCCCUUUUUACCAUCGAACACGCUGCGGUCACUGACCAUACACGCCGACGACGCCGACGGCCCGUUGGGCCUUAUACCCGCAUUCGUCAGCCUCGCCGCCGCCGUGCCUGCAAGUCUCCAGGAGCUGGUCAUUGAGUGCUACCCUGACCUGGGCGACUGGGAUGAGGUUACCCCCGAAUGGUUCGCACUCAGGAUGAUCCGUCCUCUCGCCGGCCUCACCUACCUGCGCCGCUUCUCCGUCGCCGCGAUUGUGCUGCCGUAUCUAGGGGACACGGAUAUCCGUGAAAUAAGCGCAUGGUGGCCGCACCUCGAGGACCUCGACCUGGGCACGCUGACGCGCGACAUCUCCAUUGAUCAGGGUCGCGGCCUGACGCCUGCGGCGUACGCCAUCCUUGCGAGAGCGUGCCCCAAGCUCAGGUCGUUAACACUGCCCGUAGAGAUACCCGCUCUUCCCGAGAUAGCACCUUCUCCCGUAACCACAGCCGAGUACACCUCCGCUAUAGACGCAUGGAGCAACCAAGGCCGCGACAUUGGGCAGAACCUCAGGUCCCUGCGCCUGGGCGUGUUGCCGGACGACGACGCGUCCGUGACGGCAUUUUUCUUCUUCCUUCUGCUCAUGUUUCCGUCGAUUUUGGACCUGGACGAACUGGUGAUGCCCCCGCGUCCCGCUCCGCUACGCCUGUUGAAGGACCUACCGGACCCUGCCGUGUUGCUCCACUAUUGUAGGACCAUCCUGCCGGAUGCCGUCACUGCCCCUGGAUCCCAAUCAUAG